AUGGCAGACAAAGAGCCAAUCCGCGUCGUCAUAUGCGGCAAGUCGGAGGAGGUAGGCCGCGGCAUCAUUGCGGGCCUGCAGCCCGAGGUCGAAGGUAAGCCCAUCCAUUCCAUGACACACACCGUCUCACAACAACUCCUCCUCCGGCGAGAGAUCCUCCGCACACUGUCACAGGGGGAGAACACCGACUCACCAGCGCGCGCGUCGCCGACUCUAGUGAUCCACUUUGGGCUCUCGCCGGCGGCCCUCGCGGCGGAGCUGCCGGCCGUGCUGGCGGGGCGGGCGCCGGCGUCGGCGUCGAGCGGGCUCGGCACGGGGAACUACCAGGAGGAGGAGGGGGGGAGGCCGAGGCGGCCGCGGGCGGUGGUGUUUGGGGGUGCGUGGGACGGGGCGGACGUGGAGACGGUGCGGGCGGCGGUGCGCGGCUGCGGCGGGGAGGGGGACGGGGUGGUGAUGCUGCGGCAUGAUGGGCGGAAGCCGAGUCCGCCGCUGGGGCCGGCGUAUGGACCGCAUGUGGUGCAGAGGGUGAAGGACGUGCUGGGGAGGCUGGUGAGGGGAGAGGAGGUGGAGUGGGCGGGGGAAGGGGUGGUUUGGUAUUGA